GAUUGGCGCAGAGCGGGCGCUCUUUGGGGCGGGGAGUGAGAAGUUAGAAUCCCCCCAUCCAGCUGUGUGAGCUUCGCUGAUGGACGGAACCGAGCGAAUACAGUCUGGAGGAGACAAGAGUGAGAGCAGGAGCGUCCGGUCUUUUAUGUUUGCAACAAUGGAGAGGGGAGGUGUCGGUGAUAUUUAGAAAAUACCAAAGGUUGUCUCUUUGACGCACGUUUGCGCGCAGCGACGGGAUGCGCAGCAGCAUCUCCAUGGAUCUUUAAAACACUGAUGCGGGAUACGCGCUGAAAAGAAACGCCUGUGGAUGCAACGAAAAGUGUUGGAUUCUUAAUUUAAAUGAGGAAAAACGGCGGAGGAAGCGCCGUUUUAUUUCUCCUCUUUUAAGGGUUUGUCCAUCAGCUCUGUGGAGGAGGAGGGAAUCAUACAGAAGUUUGUGCGUGGCUUCAGUGUUUCCACAAAGGCGGCGCGCUGUGAAGUAGACAAAACUCUCACUGCAGCGCGUUUAUUUCUAACGGGGGAUGGUUUUCAAGUGUUGCUGAGGCCCCUGGAGAGGCUUCUUGGACAGCGGAGACCGGGGCCUGGGCGCACCGCGUCUGCGGAGACGGACCCGCGCAGCAGCGCACCACCUGGAAACUAUACGGUCCGCUAGACGCACCAAGCCCACGAGAGCCUCUCUUCUUUCUCCCCCUGCUCCCCUCUCUUCUUUAUCUCUUCCCUCCUCGUCUCUCCUUCUGACCAAUCGCUUUUUUUCUUCAGGCUGGUGUGGACUUCAUAGCCACGACAAAAACUGAUCAUGCGAUGACUGAGCGCGCUUUGGGCACAUCUACCGAGUCCAUUACAGGAGGUGAAUGAUGGCAGAGGAUGGGGGAAAUCUCUCCGGGGUCCCCGACGCCAGGGACUCGGAGGGUCGCUCUUCUCUGCCGAGGACUUUCAUCCGGCUCAACGACCUGUCCGGGCUCGGGACAGGAGGCAGGGAGCGCAGCGAGGUGGUGGUUGAACCGGCGUCCCCGGCGCCUGACGGGAUCUCUACAGGCGGGGAGGAGGCGUCGGCGAGCGGCGGGGAGAGUCUGCCCUACCCCGAAUGGGCCCCCGUCGUCUUCUUCUACCUGAAACAAACCACGCGUCCCCGGAGCUGGUGUCUCAAAAUGGUCAGCAACCCAUGGUUCGAACGAGCGUCCAUGUUGGUGAUCCUGCUGAACUGUGUGACACUGGGCAUGUUUCAUCCCUGUGAAGACAUCAACUGUGAUUCUGAGAGAUGCAAGAUCCUACAGGACUUUGAUGACUUCAUCUUUGCAUUCUUUGCCAUUGAGAUGGUGAUUAAGAUGGUGGCUCUGGGGAUUUUUGGCAAGAAGUGUUACCUUGGAGACACGUGGAACCGCUUGGACUUCUUCAUAGUAGUGGCUGGGAUGUUGGAGUACUCGCUCAACCUGCAGAACGUCAGUUUUUCAGCGGUGAGGACGGUUCGUGUGCUGAGACCACUGAGGGCCAUCAACCGAGUGCCAAGUAUGCGUAUCCUUGUGAACCUGCUGCUGGACACCCUGCCCAUGCUGGGUAACGUGCUGCUGCUCUGCUUCUUCGUCUUCUUCAUAUUCGGCAUCGUGGGCGUCCAGUUAUGGUCCGGCCUGCUCAGAAACCGCUGCUUCGUCGAAGACAACUUCUCCUUCCCUCUUUCCGUGGAGCUGGGAAAAUACUACCACACAGAAAAUGACGACGAGAGUCCCUUCAUCUGCUCUCAGCCCCGAGAGAACGGCAUGAGGGACUGUGGCUCGGUUCCCAAGCUGUAUGAGGAGAGGGGCAUGUCCAGGUUGCAGUGUAACGUGGACAUGUACUAUUACAACAGCACAGACAACACCACCUGUGUCAACUGGAACCAGUACUACACCAACUGUUCUGCCGGUCCCAUUAACCCCUUCAAGGGAGCCAUCAACUUUGACAACAUCUGCUACGCCUGGAUUGCCAUCUUUCAGGUGAUUACCCUGGAGGGCUGGGUGGACAUCAUGUACUUUGUGAUGGACGCUCACUCCUUCUACAGCUUCAUCUACUUCAUCCUACUCAUCAUUAUCGGCUCAUUCUUCAUGAUCAACCUGUGCCUGGUGGUCAUCGCCACCCAGUUCUCAGAGACCAAGCAGAAGGUGAGCCAGCUGAUGAAGGAACAACGGGUGCGCUUCAUGUCCAAUGCCAGCACUCUGGCAUCCCUGUCCGAGCCGGGCUCCUGCUAUGACGAGCUGCUCAAGUAUUUGGUCCACAUCAUCCGUAAAGGUGCCAAGCAAGUGGCUCAUGUCUGCAGGUUCUUGGCUCGUCGUGCUGGGCUCAACAUUGCCGCCUCGCCCCCAGCCACAGAGCCCCAGCGCAGCCAAAGCCAGAGGAGGAGGAGAAAGUCCUCGAGGCAGGGAUCCGUGACAGUUCAUCACAUGGUGCACCAUCAUCACCACCACCACCACCAACACUACCAUCUAGGGAAUGGUAGUGUGAGGGGUGGGAGCUUCAGGGGUCUGGAGAGUAGAGAUGUGGAGGCUGGGGCUCAAAGCAACAACGGAGGGGCUCUUAUACCAACCACUGGCAGUGGGCAACUUGCUUUGGCGCCGCCCUCCUCAGUAACAGCAGCAACCUCCGAUACAAACCUUGCCACUUUGUACAAUCCUGCAGAUUCAUCUUCAGUUUGCAGUGUAUUCAACACAGAAAUGCUUCGCUGUAUUCCUUCACCCACCAAUACGGGAACAACUCCAGGCUCCCUCUCCCUGGCUCCAGCUCCCAUGUUGAGGGCCAUGAAGAGGAAUUCUGUCCCCUUUGCUGCUCCAGGGCCUAAGAACUACCCCACCCUCCAGGCUCGAGCCCUUGCAGAGUCUAGGCGAGGGAGCACCCUGACGAAUAUCAGCUUCAACCUCAAUAUUCCACCCAUGCCCUUGGAGAGACGGCCAUCGAUUCUGGUGGACACUCACAAUCCAACAGCUCAGCUCUCCUGCCAGCUGUCUGUUCGUGACCUCAGCACCACGAGCAGCGCCAUGGACACAGCCGCUCUGACAUUAGACCCCGAGAGCUGCCCUUACUGCGCCAAGGCCCUGGCCAACGAAUUGGAGGGUGGCACAGAGGGCAACGAGACGCCUGGUGACUCAGAUAGUGACGGGGUUUACGAGUUCACCCAGGACCUCCACCACAGGGACAGGAGAGACAGUCGGCAGCCCAGGAAGAAGUACCGGAGGCUGGGGAAAACGGCGGCCAAGGUGGUUCACUUCUGGAGGCUGGUGUGCGACACAUUCAGAAAGAUUGUGGACAGCAAGUACUUUGGUCGAGGGAUUAUGAUCGCCAUUCUGAUCAACACGCUGAGCAUGGGGAUCGAGUACCAUGAGCAGCCUGAAGAGCUGACGAGUGCCCUGGAGAUCAGCAACAUUGUGUUCACCAGUCUGUUUGCCCUGGAGAUGCUGCUGAAGGUUUUGGUCUACGGACCCUUUGGCUACAUCAAGAACCCCUACAAUGUCUUUGAUGGCAUAAUCGUAGUCAUCAGCGUGUGGGAGAUCGCGGGUGAGCAGGAUGGAGGUCUGUCGGUGCUGAGGACCUUCCGGCUGAUGCGCGUGCUGAAGCUGGUCCGGUUCAUGCCGGCCCUGCAGAGGCAGCUGGUGGUGCUCAUGAAGACCAUGGACAACGUGGCCACUUUCUGCAUGCUGCUCAUGCUCUUCAUCUUCAUCUUCAGUAUCCUGGGGAUGCAUCUGUUUGGUUGUAAAUUUGGGUCGGAGAGUGACGGAGACACUCUGCCUGACAGGAAGAACUUUGACUCUCUUCUCUGGGCCAUAGUGACUGUCUUCCAGAUCCUAACCCAGGAGGACUGGAACAAGGUGUUAUAUAACGGCAUGGCCUCCACCUCUCCUGUGGCCGCCCUCUACUUCAUCGCACUCAUGACAUUUGGCAACUACGUCCUGUUCAACUUGCUGGUGGCCAUCUUGGUUGAGGGAUUCCAGGCGGAGGAAGUGUCCAAGCGGGAGGACUUGCAUGCCCAGCUGAGCCUAAUUCAGCUGCCUGUAGACUCAGGGGGUGACGCUUCUAAAACAGGUUCGGAGAUUGAUUCCUGCGCACGAAGCAUGGAGGAUGUUAACGGCAGCAAGAAGGACUUAUCAGCCUCUGCAGUCGUGCCUGUAAAUGGUCAUGUGGACCUGAAAACGAGCCUGACUCCACCGUUAAUUACCCACACUGCUGCCACCCCCAUGCCUGUACCCAAGUUACCCGUGGGAGGUGACCCCAUCCUGGGCUAUGAGUCUCGUCGAGGCAGCAACGUCUCCAUAGAUCCAGCCUGCUAUGACAAAUCACCGACCAGUGCCCGGAGUUCUUCCCCCUACGCCCCGUGGAACUCUGGGAGCGGCUGGACCAGUCGUAGAUCCAGCUGGAACAGCCUGGGUCGCGUCCCGUCGCACAAACGCCAGAAGCGACAGUCCGGGGAGCGGCGGUCGCUCCUCUCUGGGGAAGGUGGCUCCAGCUCAGACGACGGGGAAGGUGGAGGAGAAGGUGGAGAUGGGCUGAUGGAGGAAGAUGACGCAUCCUUAGCCAGGACAGACUCCAUGUCCCAGUCGCAGAGAGGACCUCGACACAGGAGGAUGGAGUCAGUGGAGACUCGGAGCUCAAUGGAUUUGCCUCCUGAUGCUCUGCUGCAGGUGCCCUACCUGCACCGCUCAGCCAGCAUGCACAGCUCCAGACCUCCCUCCCUGGGCCACUUACGGCCCCCAGAGCACAGUGACUGCGAUGGGAAGGGAUCCUCGUCAGUGCUGGGCCCCACACACAUCUCACUGGAGGAGAACACUGAAGACGAGACUGCAGAGGAGGAGGUCAACCUGGGUCGCGUUGCCAGGCUGUCCCGUUGGCUGGGGAAAAAACAGCCAGACUGGUGUCGACAGAGAGAUAGCUGGUCGCUCUACCUCUUCCCCCCAGACUCACGGUUUCGGAUCCUGUGCAACCAGAUCAUCACCCACAAGAUGUUCGACCAUGUCGUGCUGGUCAUCAUCUUCCUCAACUGCAUCACCAUCGCCAUGGAGAGGCCUCACAUCGACCCCGGCAGUGCUGAGCGGAUCUUCCUGACGUUGUCCAACUACAUCUUCACGGCGAUCUUCGUGGUUGAAAUGACUGUAAAGAUUGUGGCUAUGGGCUGGUGUUUUGGUGACAAGGCCUACCUGAGGAGCAGCUGGAACGUUCUGGAUGGGAUGUUGGUCACGAUUUCCGUUAUUGACAUCCUGGUGUCUCUCAUCUCCAACUCGGGAACCAAAAUCCUGGGCAUGCUGAGAGUGCUGAGGCUGCUGAGGACCCUGAGGCCGCUACGCGUGAUCAGCAGAGCCCCGGGCCUGAAGCUGGUGGUGGAGACUCUGAUGUCGUCAUUGAAGCCCAUCGGCAACAUAGUGGUCAUCUGCUGUGCCUUCUUCAUUAUCUUUGGCAUCCUGGGAGUACAGCUUUUCAAGGGAAAGUUCUUCUUUUGUAAAGGAAAGGAUGUGAGGAACAUCACUAAUAAGUCAGACUGUUUGCAAGCCGAUUAUGAAUGGGAAAAGCGCAAAUACAACUUUGACAACCUGGGACAGGCCUUGAUGUCUCUCUUUGUACUGGCGUCAAAAGAUGGCUGGGUGGACAUUAUGUACGAUGGACUAGAUGCUGUAGGAGUUGACCGCCAGCCAAUAAUGAACUACAACCCAUGGAUGCUGCUCUACUUCAUCUCUUUCCUUCUGAUCGUUGCCUUCUUCGUGCUCAACAUGUUCGUGGGUGUGGUGGUGGAGAACUUCCACAAGUGUCGACGCCACCAGGAGGCCGAGGAAGCCAAACGCAGGGAGGAGAAGAGACUGAAACGCAUGGAGAAAAAGAGACGGAGUAAGGAGAAGGAGCUGGCUGAUUUAAUGGUUCCGGGGGUGAGUUGGGCCCUUUCUGACGGCACAUUAAAAGAAGCUCAGAGUAAGCCCUACUACUCCGAUUACUCCCCCACCCGCCUGCUCAUCCACAAGAUGUGCACCAGUCACUACCUGGACCUGUUCAUCACCAUCGUAAUAGGCCUCAACGUCAUCACCAUGUCCAUGGAGCACUACCAGCAACCUAAGGAAUUGGACGAGGCCCUGAAGAUCUGUAACUACAUCUUCACUUUCAUUUUUGUUCUGGAGUCUGUCUUCAAGCUGGUGGCCUUUGGAUUCCGACGCUUCUUCAAAGACAAGUGGAACCAGCUGGAUCUGGCCAUUGUGCUGCUGUCCAUCAUGGGCAUCACUCUGGAGGAGAUUGAGGUCAACGCUUCACUGCCCAUCAACCCCACCAUCAUCCGCAUCAUGAGAGUGCUGAGGAUCGCACGAGUAUUGAAGCUGUUGAAGAUGGCGGUGGGGAUGAGAGCUUUGCUGGACACCGUUAUGCAAGCCCUGCCUCAGGUGGGCAAUCUGGGUCUCCUCUUCAUGCUCCUCUUCUUUAUCUUUGCAGCACUGGGAGUGGAGCUGUUUGGUGACAUAAUUUGCGAUGAGGUCCACCAGUGUGAGGGUCUGGGGCGAUAUGCUACAUUUAGGAACUUUGGAAUGGCAUUUCUGCUGCUCUUCAGAGUUGCCACUGGAGACAACUGGAAUGGCAUAAUGAAGGACACGUUGAGGGACUGUGCAACCGGGACCACUACCUGCUACAACACUGUGGUUUCUCCCAUCUACUUCGUCUCCUUUGUCUUGACUGCUCAGUUUGUUCUGGUCAAUGUGGUCAUCGCGGUCCUGAUGAAACACCUGGAGGAGAGCAACAAGGAAGCCAAGGAAGAGGCAGAGCUGGAAGCAGAGCUGGAACUGGAGCUCCAGAUGGACGGAGGGGACAUGGCAGCCAGGUCACCCCAGCUCAACCCUCUGGCACUGGGCUUGGACAGGUCGAGUUCUGGGGGUUCUCCCUGGAGGUCCAUUGGAGGAGGGGACAUGGAGCAGGAAAGGGAAGGUCCUAUGGACUCACCCACUGCUGAUAUAACCAGAGACUCUGUAAACAUCAGAGCAGAACCCUCCUCAUGCCUGGAGCCCCAGCUGGAGUUUGUCCAGCGGAGAGCACUGUUUGACUCGGUCUCCCUGGUCAUCCAGGGUUCAAUGGAGGGGGAGUUGAGUUUGAUGGACAACCUGUCCGGUUCUAUCUGCCACUACUACGCGCUGCCCCCCCAGCCCAGCAAGCACAGCACCGACAAGAAGAUCCCUCUAGCGGAGAUGGAAGCUCUGUCUCUGGCCUCUGAGAAAUCCUGGUCCUUAGCUCUGACAGACGACUCGGCCCCCGACGAUUUUAACCCCCUCUUUCUAACCAGUCUGGAAUGCAAUCCGGAGCAGCUUGGUCCAGGUGGAGCGCUGGAGGACAACCUGCUGAGCGUCAGAAAGCCUGCGGUGGGGCGCACACACUCCCUGCCCAAUGACAGCUACAUGUUCCUGCCCCCGUUUGGCCCCACAUCUCCAGCUCCAGCACAGCUUCUAGCACAGUCACAGGGGCCCCAGCACAUACUGGGCACCCACAGGGCCCAAUCAGGCUCCAGUGGUUCAGUGCGUUCACAACCUGAGGACUUUUCCCAGCAGCUGACUGUUCCCACAGACCUCUUCAGACCCAUCAGCCCCCACAGCCACUCAGACUCGGAGAGUAUACCACGGCAACCCCCUCCCAGACGUGCCCACACAUUCAGCCGUACUCUCCGCAGACAGCUCAGUUGGGCCCAAAAGCCGCCCGACCCUGAGCUCCUGCUCAAACACAGAUACUCCUGUUUCUGAAACAGCGAUUAACUUUAGCUACCACUGGGCCUUUCAGAAACACUGGACUCUAUGUUCAUGUUCAGAGAGACAGACAGACUACCAAACACAUACUAACACACACAAACAGACACACAAAAUUCCCUCUUUCUUCCCUCCCUUUCUCUUCAUUCACUCAGAUGUGUGUCUACUGCUAACCAUCAGCCACAGAGCAUCUGUAACUUUCCAGCAGGUAGUUUUUCUGGAGCUGGAGCUAUGUAAAAAUGCAAUACUGGAAAUUCAGUCGAAGCAGGAUGCGGAUGUAAUGUGGCUAUGAAAUUCACCCACAAUACAGUGCACUUAAUAUUUUACAAACUAUACUCAGGGGAUUGCUACAAAACAGCAAGUGCUGUCCAUAUGCAUUGGGUCAUUUUGUACUCACAGUAUCAUAAUGACGGCGCACCAGAGAAUUUUGUAUUGCUUAGAUCAGUGCUAUAGCUGUUAACCAGAGUGCAGUACUUGUUAUACAUAAGCUGGUUUUGUUAAAUUAAGAAAACAAUCUCUGACAAGGUGAUGACUUCAUAUUAUUUGUUACCUGGUGUUGCAUUGCUGUGGCUGGUGAUUGGUCUGGUUAUGAUAUCUUUGACCACUAGAUGUCUCUGUGGUCACACUGUUGAAGCUCAUGCAGGGAAACCCAUGACUCCAAACUCUUCUGUAAGUGCUUUGCUCUACAACUCAUGCAUGCCUUGUUUCCUCAUCUCCAUAGAUUAAAGAUCUUGUUUUAAUUGGCCCAAUUAAACACAAUUAAAAUUCAAGUACUAUUAACAUCCUCUCAGGUCUGUGAGAGAUGAGAAACAGUCAUGAGUUCAUGAGGACAUCUUAGCAAUCACUGUGGCUACUAACCGCCUACAGUAGUAACAUGUUGUGUUCAUCCUCUGCCUGUUGGCCUCACGCCCUGUAGACGGUUCUGUACAGAGGUUAGGACGAAGGCAUGAUCAGACUAAUGAGAAUCUGGGUGUAAAUUUUACUGAAUAAUGCAUUGCUGGCAGUUUACAGGGCUUCGUGUGAACGGUCAAAGGUUAGAGGGUCAUGUGGUCUGGCUCAGAGUUCACUGUGUAAGCCAGCAAAUAAUCAGUCCACGUGUCCUCAAAAAAAUAAAAUAAAAUGCUGCUUUCUUACUUGAAAAUGUCACUCAUGUCAGUUAGUGGUUUCUUGGAAACCUCUUCUGAUGUACUGAAGGUUCAGUUCAGUUACAUUAAAUAUGCUCAAGUCUAUAAUUAGUUCACACACAAGAAGACAUUAUUCAAAAAAAUUCAUUUUAGCAAUUCAGCUAAAUGAAAUUCUCAUGGAAAAGUCGAUUUCUAUUAUUAUUGAUAAUUCUUAAUAAGUUGUAUAUAACAAGGACCAGGAGAAGAAAGGUUGAAUUUGAUUUUUAACACAGAAUUUUUAGCUUAUUUAUCAAGGUAACAGGUCAGUAAUUUUAACAUAAAAAUGAAAAAUAAACACAAAUACCUGUAUUAUUGGCUGUUUGUGAUCAGGGAGGGAACACGAUUGGGGUUUGUUUGCAUCUGAUUCAUUUAAGUGAAACUAUCAAACAUUCUAUUCAACGAUUUUCUUAUUGCUGUUGAUGUAGUCUAUUAUCAUCCCAUAGUGCUAGCAUUUUGUUGCCCAGCUUAAUCAUUAGUCAUUGCUGUUCAUAUGAUCAUCCUUGUAAAUUAAAAAAUCUGGGGGGGAAAAUGUAGCCACAGAAUAUUCGACAUGAUGAGAGUUUGAUCACAGUCAAUUUUACUUAUUUAAAGUUGUAAAAUCACUUUAAAGAUCUUUCAAAUAUUUAAAUACAAUUAAAAACAACUCUUUUCUUCAAAAAAAGGCAAAUUAUUGUAUGAGUUGCAGACUGGAUCACAAUUGACCUCACACUAGUUGUGCGUGAUGUCACAAAGCAGAAGAAUGUGAAAACAUUUCAAACUGCAUAUGCAUCAUUCUGUACAGUUAAGCUCAAACAUCUGAGGGCAAAGGGGCCUUUAACUGUUAAUCCUGUCAGAUGUGAAUGAAAACGACUGAUUCAGCCUCAACAGAGCGAGCGUGCAGAAAGCAUCCAGUAAUGUCAGAUGUUGUUUACCCAACUCACUCUUGAGAAAUCUUUAUCUUGAUUGCUGACAUUGAGCAACACAGUGCUCGACCUCUGGAUUUCUAUCUUACAAUUCAUGGCAGAAUGUUGCAAUAGAAGCCCAGGCUGCCCACAGUGAGAGCUGUACGGAGGGAGGACUGUGAGACUGAGCUGGCCAGACUGUGAACUCUGACCCAAACUGCUCUUCUCAUCUUCAUCACUUCUCACUAACUUCUCCCCCCUCUCAUCUCCUCUGUUCCCAUACCUCCCCCUGCCUUCCUCUCAUUGCACAUUGACAUCCAUCUCCUCAACCUUCCCUCCCCCUCCCAUGCCCCGUU